AUGUGUCCCUUUGUUGAAUACAGAACCCAUACAACCUUUUUCUGUAACCUUGCUCUGCAAUACUCUAUCUUUUAUAGAUCCAACCACCCCUUCUUCUUCUACUGCUGCUUCUGCUCCCUGGAGCAGAAGCAGCAUCCACAGUUUCCACAGACAAUAAUGGCUUCUUCCUUUUCAAAGAUUCGCAGCUCGAUGGUGUACGAGAGAUUCAGCCAGAUGGUCGCGAGUGGUUCACAGCAACGACACCGAGAUGUUCGGCGUCGGUCCACCUUCUACUCUCGCCCUUUCCGGUUCAAAAACUCCCACACCAGCAACGCUUUGUCGUUCUCCACUUCUUUCGUCUUUGGAAUCAUACCAGAAAACCCUCUGUUCACGUUCCACGGAACGACCUUUGCGAUUGCUCCAUCAAAAGCAGUGACGGAUGCAUCUUCUUCGCAGCAUCUUGGACUCUUUAACCGUACCAACGACGGAAACGCCUCAAAUCACAUUGUCACCGUUGAAUUCGACACGUUUAGAAACCUCGAACUUGACGAUAUGGAUGGCAACCAUGUGGGUCUUGAUAUAAACAGUAUAGAAUCUGUGCUCGCUGCAACAGCAGGCUAUUACAAGAAUGGAGGCUUUCAAACCCUAGCUCUUGCGAGCUCCAGAGAAAUCCGAGCGUGGGUCGAUUACGAUGGUGUUGAAAAGACCUUGAAUGUCACACUAGCUCCUCUUCCCUUCAAAAAACCUCAAAAACCUCUUGUAACUUGGAAGAAAUAUCUGUCACCUUUUUUACUCGAAGAAAUGUACGUUGGGUUUACUUCAGCCACUGGGGUUCUUCUUCAAACGUUUUACAUUGUUGGUUGGAGUUUUCAAAUGAAUGGAAAAGCUCAAGAAAUCAAUAGAUCAAAGAUCCCACCUUUACCUCUCAAGAAAAAAUCAACCAAAAAGACAAAAAUGGCUUUUAGAAAUUGGGUUAUCUUUAGAAAACGUAAAUUCGAAUUCGAAGAAGCUCUUGAAAGUUGGGAGGUUCAAUACGGACCUUGCAGGUUUUCCUACAAAGAUCUUUUCACCGCCACAAAAGGGUUUAAAGAAAGUGAGCUGCUUGGAAAAGGUGGUUUUGGUCAGGUUUAUAAAGGGACCUUGCUGGACUUAGGAGCUCAGGUCGCAGUGAAGAAGAUAUGGAAUACAUCAAGUCAAGGAAUGAAGGAAUUCGUGGCGGAGAUCGCCACGAUAGGUUGGUUACGACACCCAAAUUUGGUCAGACUUCUUGGGUAUUGUCGAAGAAAAGGCGAAUUGUUUAUUGUAUAUGAUUACAUGCCGAAUACUAGUUUGGAUAAGUUCAUAUUCAAUUCGAAUCCCAAAUCCACUUUAACAUGGAAACAAAGGGUCAAAAUCAUUAUCGAUGUAACCAAAGCAUUAGCAUAUCUGCAUGAAUGGUGUGAAGUUAUAAUCCAUCGGGACAUAAAAGCAAGCAAUGUGUUACUUGACGCCGAAUUGAAUGGUAAGUUAGGCGAUUUUGGGCUCGCGAGAUUUGGCAACAAUGGAACCCAUGCAAAAACCACCCAUUUGGCUGGGACUUUGGGAUACAUAGCACCUGAAUUGGCUCGCAAAGGAAAAGCCACCACUGCGACCGAUACUUUUGCUUUUGGAACAUUUUGUUUAGAGGUGGUUUGUGGUCGGCGACCUGUGGAGUUGCAAGGGCGCGAAGAGGCAGUGAUUUUGGUGGAUUACGUGUGGGAUUGUUGUUAUAAGGAGCAACUUUUUGAGAUGGUUGAUCCGAAACUAAGGGAAGACUAUGAAGCUGAGGAAAUGGAGUUGGUUUUGAAGGUGGGGUUGCUUUGUUCACAUGUUGUGUCCGUGCUGAGACCGAGCAUGUCACAAGUUUUGAACUUCCUUUUAGAGAAGGAGCCAUUGCCAUCAGAUUUCAAUGGUGUAUUGAAGAUAAGAGAUGACAAUUGGAGUCAACUUGGCCAUGCCUCUUCAAGUUCUUACGUUUCGCAAAUUCACUACUCGGGGACAUUGGAACCGAUCACCCACUCAUUAAUGUUUUCAGGGCGGUGA